AUGGGCAAAAAGGUCAAAUGGAGCUGGACCUCAGCAAUUAUCGGAGCGGCGUCGGCUUUAGCGACGACAGCGCUGUUGUCGUCGAAGCCCAAGGACCCAACCUUCCACCUCAUCUCCGUCAAUCUCACCUCCUUCAAGCUCAACCUCCCAGUUCUCGACACCGACGUCAUCCUCAACGUCCACGUCACCAACCCCAACAUCACAGCCGUCCACUACUCCUCCACCUCCAUGUCCAUCUUCUACAACGGCUCGCUUCUCGGCUCGGCCGAAGUUCAAGCCGGCUCUCAGCCGCCCAAGUCAUGCCAGCUGCUCCGCCUGCCUGCGCGGCUCGACGGGCUCCAGCUGGCCCACCACGCCGCUACCUUUGUUGCUGACGUGGCGAAGCGGGAGAUGGUGCUCGACGCGGCUGUGGAUAUUGCUGGGGCGGCGAGGAUUUUGUGGUGGGAUCACAAGUUUAAGGUUCACGUGGAUAGUCGCGUGACCGUUGAUCCAGUUUUUCUUGACGUCAUUGAUCAGGAAAAUAAGUUGGAGAUGGAGAUUUUUCUUGCUUGA